AUGGGUAGGUUUGCCACUCUUAGGGAGAAGGUAGAGAAUUACAAAGGAGUGAUUAUGUCUAAGCCACUUAGAAGGGUUAUUGGUGAUGAAGAAGUGAAGAUGAUGAAGAUGGAAGAGAGUGAAGGUAAGAGAAGAAGAGCGUGUGAUGAGGAUGAUGAUGAAAUGAGAUUGAGAAAUGGUGGAGGAACCGGCAUGAACUUGUGCAGGCAAUUUGGAAGUAAUCGGUCCCCCUUUUACGUAAUUGAACUAAAUUGGUUACAAUUAUUUUGGUUGAUUUUCUUACAAUUACAUUGGUUGCAGGCUUCUGUGCAAGUAGGAGGGAAAUCAAAUAAGUCAAAGUCUACUGCAAAUGUAGGAGGGAAAUCAAAGAAGUCAAAGUCUACUGCAAAUGUAGGAGGGAAAUCAAAGAAGUCAAAGUCUACUGCAAAUGUAGGAGGUUCUGUGCAAACUAAUGAUGUGCCACAACAUGAAGCUGUAAGUGAGAAUCAAGCUGAAGAUGUGCCUCAUAGCAAUGAGAAUCAAGCUAAUGAUGUGCAAGCUAAUGAUGUGCCACAACAUGAAGCUGUAAGUGAGAAUCAAGCUGAAGAUAUGCAAGCUGAAGAUGUGCCUCCUAGCAAUGAGAAUCAAGCUAAUGAUGUGCAAGCUAAUGAUGUGCAAGCUAAUGAUGUGCCACAACAUGAAGCUGUAAGUGAGAAUCAAGCUGAAGAUAUGCAAGCUGAAGAUGUGCCUCCUAGCAAUGAAGCUGUAAGUGAGAAUCAAGCUAAUGAUGUGCAAGCUAAUGAUGUGCCUCAUAGCAAUGAAGAUGUGCCUCAUUCACAAAACACUGUCAGUUCAGCUGAGGCAAUGAAAAAGUAUUGUGGAAUUGAUCCUGAUGAAUUGGAGGCCUUGUUAGAUGAUGAAGAAAUACUUGAUAUUGCACCAUUGAGAAUUGAUACUAGUCCUGUCAAGAGUAAAAGAUCUGGUCCCAAGACCUUUAUUGGAAAAUUCCCCAAGGUUCCAAAACCUGUCAAACCAUCCAUUGCUCCAAAGGUGUCCAAAGCUGCCAACAAGCCAACUAUGUCAACUAUGAGUGACCCUGUGAAGGCAAUGAUAUCACCAAGGAAAAAGUCCAAUCUUGCUGCAUCUCCAAUUAGAAAGAGUGAUAGACUAAGGACUUUGAAGGCAAAAAAUAUACAGGGGCCUGGAAGGGAUCAAAAUGAUCCACUUGAAAUUCCUGAUGAAGACUCUACUGUGACCAGUGCUAGUGGUAGAAAGCCAUGGGCUGACAUCCAAAAGAGCAUGACUCAGUGAUCCAAAAUUGUCCUACUGUUUUGUUAUUUACUUUGAAACAUUUGUGUGAUCUAUUAUGAACCACUUUUGGAUGUAUCUCUUUUGUUUUGAACUGAAUCUAAGAUGUAUUAUGAAGAUGUAUUAUGAACCACUUUUGGAUGUAUCUCUUUUGUUUUGUACUGAACCUAAAAUGUAUUAUGAACCACUCUUAUG